AUGGCUACCAGAACGAUUUAUCUCAUCUCUGCUCGCAAUUCAUCUUUUCAAAGAGCUCAUUUCUCAAUAUUUGUCCCAUCAGCUACCAGCCCCGACCGGGGAACCAAAAUCCACGCGGUCGGCGCACCCAUGGCAGGCUACGUCCUGGAGUUCAAGCGAAAUUACAAUCCCAGUCUCGAUCCUCACGACCAGAUCUUUGCGAUCGGCCAGAUUCAUUCGUCUAAUAUCGUUGAUUCCCCAGACGCGGCUCCAUCUAUCGACUCCACCCCCCCGAGGGAAGAUCGAACUAGCGGCAACGCAAAUCCCGACCCCGGGGAUCAAUCAGAACUUCAUGGCACCUGUCAAUGA